AGAUCUGUGCCAAUCAUCGUUUGAUCUAAAUGUAAAGGGCACAUACAAUUUUAGGUAUAAGAUGCCGAUUAGCUGGGCUUUACUUUUUAUACAGCUACUUUCUAGUACGGCUGUCCUCGGUGUGCGCCAAACUACACAGAGCCACCUUCGGAUUGUCAAUGGAAUAACCAUUCCUAUAAGCUUUGCACCCUGGCAGGUUUCGAUACAAGUAAUGGGAAAUCACAUUUGUGGCGGCAGCAUUUUAAACGCUAAAAAAUUUAUAACUGCCGCGCAUUGUCUGAAUCUCCCUGCACAUCAGCUGCAAGUGCGAGCAGGAUCCACAUUUAGGAAUACUGGUGGGCAGCUCGUUAAUGUUGUAUAUGCCAAAAAGCAUUCGGGUUAUGUAGGCAGCCCAUAUAAACACGACAUCACCCUGCUGCUACUGAAAAGGAAACUUAACCUCAGCUACAAAGCAAAUAAGAUUGACCUUGCGAGCAACUCUCCCUAUGAUGGAACCACCGCCUUUGUUUCAGGCUGGGGUCGUUAUGUAGAGGACAAAAAUGCCUUUACAAUAGACUUGCGUAUAGCGGUACUGUCUAUGAUCGAUCGCGGGACCUGCCAGAAGUCCAAAUAUGCUGAACGUAAAAUGAAAAUAACUAAAGGCAUGAUCUGUGCUGCUAGCGGUGGUAAAGAUGCAUGUCAGGGAGAUUCUGGUGGACCCUUGGUUGCGAAUGGAAAACUUGUGGGUAUUGUUUCUUGGGGCCUGGGAUGUGCAAAACGCGGAUUUCCAGGAGUUUAUACCGACGUUGCUUACUACCGUGACUGGGUACUAAAAAACAUGGAUACCUUAGGAAGUUGAAUUUCUUAAAAUUUGACGAACAAAUGGACAUUUAUAAAAAUAAUUAAGAGUUUAAAUAUAAUUUAUAAUCACGACAUUAGUAAGGCAUUGAUGGAAGGUCUACAAUCGGGCAAUCAGACGGGGUUUUGGAAAAUUGAAGACCCAAUUGGAGAGAUCAAAGUAUGUAUGCAGCCAAUAAAAACAACAAAGUCUUUUAAUUAUGCUAUCCAAACGUGACGUCGUGAACCUGUGUCGUACUAAACAAGGACAGCUCCCUUUCAAAUUCGACGGGAAUUAUUAAUUUUUAUAUUUAAUUUAUUACCAUUUACAGUAAAACAAUCAAUAAUUUCAAUUUAAAGCAAAUAACAGAGAAAAAGGCGAAACGAAUAAUAACAUUGAACAUUUUCUUUGGUUUUUUUUUAUUUUUUAUACACUGAACCCAU